AUCUGCUUCGUGAAUCUAUUUACUUUUUUGUUCGUUCCAAAAAAUUCAAACAACUUAUUUAGUAUCACAAAUUACAAAAGUUCUCAUUUAUUUCUUAAACCAGUCAAGGUUCAAUACAACUAAUUAAAUGGAUUGAAAAUCAUUUCAUUGGUUUCUUUUCGCAUAGUAUAGCUCGGCGAAAAUCUCAUCUUGGUUACUUUUGGAUACUCCCUCUUUCGCAAAACCGGAUAGUUUUUUCUGAGGCAGAGUUUCAAUUUUCAAAUAGUUUUUCUGAAUUUUGAUAAGGCUAAAACACAGAGCAAGAACCCAUGGCUUCGUGCAGCAGCACUUCCUCUGUAAUGCCGGCGUUUAUCUCUAACACCACCACUCGCAUUUCCCCUUGCCGCACUUUCACGCUCCAAUUGAGAGCAUCCCCUUUGUCUUCAGCAAGGAAGAAGACUUAUAGCAGAGUUGUUACUGCAAAACUUGCUCCGAAGAAUGCUAUGCAGUACAGAAAACUCGGUGACUCUAAUCUUCAUAUCAGCGAAAUUACUAUUGGCACUAUGACAUUUGGAGAACAGAAUACAGAAAAGGAGGCUCAUGAAAUACUUAGUUACGCAUUUGACCAAGGAAUUAAUAUUAUUGAUACUGCUGAAGCUUAUCCAGUCCCUAUGAGGAAGGAGACACAAGGGACGACGGAUCUCUAUAUUAGCAGCUGGAUGAAGUCUCAACCCCGUGAUAAGGUGAUUUUGGCUACAAAAGUUUGUGGUUAUUCAGAAAGAUCAAGUUACAUACGUGAAAAUGCAAAUGUUUUGCGAGUAGAUGCUGCUAAUAUUCGAGAAAGUGUGGAAAAAAGCUUGAAACGUCUCAAUACUGAUUACAUUGAUUUACUCCAAAUACAUUGGCCAGAUAGAUAUGUACCAUUGUUUGGUGAAUUCUUUUAUGAAUCUUCAAAAUGGAGGCCAAGUGUGCCUUUCGUCGAGCAGCUUAGAGCCUUUCAAGAACUCAUCGAUGAAGGAAAGGUCCGCUAUAUUGGUGUUUCCAAUGAAACUUCAUAUGGAGUAAUGGAGUUCGUCCAUGCUGCAAAAGUUGAAGGACUGCCGAAGAUUGUCAGCAUUCAGAAUAGCUACAGUCUGCUGGUUAGGUGUCACUUUGAGGUUGAUCUUGUCGAAGUAUGCCACCCAAACAACUGUAACAUUGGCUUACUUUCUUAUUCCCCACUGGCUGGUGGAACCUUAUCGGGGAAGUAUUUGGACAAUAAUUCUGAAGCUGCUAGAAAAGGAAGACUUAACCUGUUCCCAGGCUACAUGGAAAGAUACAAUAAAUCGCUUGCCAAGGUACGUAUUUUUCAAGUUUUUACAAGAAAGAAAAAGUUCAUCGACUGUUUGAUUAGCUUUAUCGUUUGGAAAAAGAAUUCAAAUUUCAAGUUCACCAAGGUUGAUUGGAAGGUGGAACUUGA